GCAUUUAUCUGGAGCUACUUGAAUGACACUGCAAAAACGCGAAUAUUUUAGUACCAAAAAGAAUUGCGGGUUGGUGGGGAAAAGCCAACAAUUUUCAUCUGUUUUCUUUGCAGGAAAUUGCUGUAUACAAAUCUAAAGCCUUUUGAUAAGCAGACAUGGCUGUCACACUGCAUACUGAUGUAGGAGAUAUUAAAAUUGAACUGUUCUGUGAGCGUACACCAAAGACAAGUGAAAAUUUCCUGGCUCUUUGUGCUAGUAACUACUACAAUGGAUGCAUAUUUCACCGGAAUAUAAAAGGCUUCAUGGUUCAGACAGGGGAUCCAUUAGGCACUGGAAAGGGAGGUAACAGCAUCUGGGGCAAGAAGUUUGAAGAUGAAUUCAGUGAAUACCUAAAGCACAGCGUCCGUGGGGUAGUUUCAAUGGCAAACAACGGUCCAAAUACCAAUGGAUCACAGUUCUUCAUCACUUACGGCAAGCAACCACACCUAGACAUGAAGUACACCGUGUUUGGAAAAGUUAUUGACGGCUUGGAGACUCUGGAUGAGCUGGAGAAGCUGCCUGUGAAUGAGAAAACCUACAGACCUCUUAAUGAUGUUCGCAUUAAAGAUAUUACAAUUCAUGCCAAUCCUUUUGCUCUGUAGCCAC